ACGCAACAAACUCAUCACUCUCAAAUCUCCUUUUGCCUCUCUCUCUCUCUCUCUCUCUCUCACUUUCUCACAGCUCCCCAAACAUUCUGCAGCCAUGGGAGUUCCCGUUUUUGAAUCAACUGAAGCCCCCAAAAAGCUUCCGGUACAGGAUUUGCCAUUGGUGGAGGAUGUCAAGGAAGACGAGGAUCACGAUGAUUUCGCUGAUUAUUCCGACGCCGAUGAUGACGUCAGCCCUGGUGCAAACGAUAGUAACAAGCAAAGCAGAAGCGAGAAGAAAAGCCGUAAGGCGAUGUUGAAACUCGGAAUGAAACCUAUUACCGGCGUUAGUAGGGUUACCAUCAAGAGAACCAAAAACAUAAUGUUCUUCAUCUCGAAGCCGGAUGUUUUCAAGAGCCCAAAUUCCGAAACCUACGUUAUAUUCGGAGAAGCCAAGAUUGAGGAUUUGAGCUCUCAAAUUCAGACGCAAGCUGCUCAGCAGUUCCGGAUUCCCGACAAGGAAUCUGUAAUGGCAAAAUCGGAAUUAUUCCACUCUGCUGCAUUUGGACAGGUGGACGAGGAAGAGGAAGAUGUUGAAGAAGUCGACGAGACAGGUGUCGAGCCACGUGACAUUGAUUUGGUAAUGACGCAAGCAGGCGUGUCCAGGAAUAAGGCAGUCAAGGCUCUCCAGACUCAAAGUGGUGACAUUGUUAGUGCCAUUAUGGAGUUGACCAACUAAACACGGUUCGUAAUUAACCCGCAAAUUGAAGCUUGCAUUUUUUCUUUUUUAAUAAUUUUUUUUUUUGCGAGUGGCGAUUUGAAUUUCGUUAUCUUGAUUUAGCUUAUAGCAUAGUUGAGUGAUGAAAUUUUGCUGCCUUGUUUUCCGUUUUGCUGGUGAAGAUUGUGUGCAGUUGAGGCACAUGAAUCUUCGUUCGACAUUGUCCAUAAUAAUUUGAGAAUUAGUUUAGCGUAUGAUUACAUUCCGUAUUUGAAGUGCA